AUGGAUUUGUCAAGAAAGCCCACAAAUUCUCAGCGCCUGCCUCCUCCAGCACUAUUUCAGGGCCCACCAUCACACAAUGCCUCUAAUAUCUCCUUACCCGUACCACCUGCAGCCUCAACGCUAGCCACUGCCUCCGGCAGCCAACCUCCACCCCUGCAUCGGAACCGGUCACCUCGCGGAGCCGAAGGGGAAACUCCGGAAAAGUCCAGCCUACUAUCACCAUUUGUAUCGCGCCGUCCCUCCAAAAAUGAUGUAGAUGGAUCCGAUGCCAUCUGGCAGGAGAUGCAGAGCGCCCUGUCAGAAGUGGAACUUAGCGCUGUGACGAGCGAGAAUGUCUUCGGUGCGAAGCACUCUGAAGCAUUGGAAGAUCUACGCAUGAAACAGUUGAAGCUCGCUCAAGCCUGGGCGCGCAGUGAGGCAGACGAUGAAGUUGUGGAUCCCGGCCACAGCGGUGCUGAUGAAGCCAGUGGAAAAGCCAGUUCGGCACGGCGAGGUGCUGAAGAGUCGAAAUCCCAGUAUGAUACAGCGACCGAAAUCAGCGCAGGCCGCGGUUCGGUAUCGCACCGCACGUUGGACGGCGAGACGGAGAAAGACAUUCAUCUUGCGCGAAAGCGCCGCGAGGCUAAUGACCGGUACUUUGAUCGGGUCAAUCAGGGCGUUUUGGAUGUUGUCGCUAAACUAGAGGAGGUGGCUCAGGCUAUGCGCGCCGUCGAGCGGGAAAGCAAGGACAUUUGGAGUGAUACCGAGAGUGUCACGACAACUGCGCCGUCAUCAACUCACACGAGUUGA